CGCAGUGGAGGGGUGAAGGCUGUAUAGGUCGGCUAGUGAAAGGUGACAUUAAUGUCGGAGCUCAGUCUUCUGUGAUUGUAAUUAUAUAAGUUUAUUUAAACUCAUCAUGUCUUCUGUCGGGAGGACUGCUGGGUUAUUUAGAGCCGGUGCUCAGCUCUUUAAACGCGGACCACUGCACGGUUUCAUCCGCAAGGCAGGUGGAGGUCCUCACAUCGCUCCCCAGUACAGACAGCCCCCUCAGCUCACCAAGCACCAGCGCUUUCACGCUGAGGUCCUCAGCGGAUUCAUGUGGUUCUGGAUCCUGUGGCACAGCUGGCACGACUCCGACGCCGUCCUGGGUCACUUUCCUUGGCCGGACACGGACGCCUGGACCGACGAGGAGUUGGGAAUCCCUGCCGACGACGAGUAACUCCACCCAGCUACAGUCGAUGUCCUCGGCUGAGCGCGGAUCCGAGCGAAGACUCCACCGAACCCCUUCGUGAUCUGAGAGUUCAUGCUGUACAGAGACGACGUCCCCCCCCCCAAAUGUUUAUUUGAAGCUUAAUAAAAACAGACGAACGAA